CCCACUCCAAGACCACACCGAAAUGGCCGCUGCCGCAACCUCUAAAAUGACAGACUCCAACCCCCUCAUCCUCUAUGAUAUCUCUUCACCCAUAGCACCCCGCUCCUAUGCGCCAAAUCCCUCCAAGGCCCGUCUCGCGCUCAGCUUCAAAUGUGUACCCUUUAAGACGACCUGGGUUGACAUCCUUGACAUCUCUGGCGUUCGCAAGGAGCUCAAUUGCCCGGCCACCCGUAAGUUUGACGAUGGCUCAGACUACUACACGCUUCCCAUGCUGCGGGACUCGGUCUCGGGCAGGGUUGUUGGCGACUCGUUCGACAUCGCCAACUAUCUCGAGGACAUGUUCCCGGACUUAGGCGGCUGCCUUUUCCCUCUGGGCUCUACCAACACCACACUCAAUUACGAGAGCCCGAACAAGGACACGGCAUUCUUCGCGCCCCUGACUUCCAACCAGGGGUCCAAAAAUGAAGCCUACGCAAGGUUCAACAUGCACGUCGACGCCACUUUCUCCGCCUAUGUGGUGCUUGUCGCCCAGUACCUCCCCUUCAACCCCAACACGGCUGAGGCUGCAAGGGCCCUCUUCGUCAAGCGCGCACAUCUGACCUCCUGGGAUGAUAUCUCCGUUCAGGGCGAGGCAAGAGAGCAGCUCAAGGCGGCGUUCAAGGUGGCGUUGACGUCAUUGGCCCGGCUGUUUACGGUCAACGAAUCCGGUCCGUACCUUGAGGGUAAACAAGCUACUUACGCCGACCUGAUCGUAGGCGGGUGGCUGAACAUGCUCUUCUCCACCAUGCCUGAGGAGGAGUGGCAGGAUUUCAGGGCGUGGCACAAUGGAGUCUUUGCCCGGCUGCAUGAUGCCUUGCAGGAGAACUAUUUCAUUUGCAAGUAGAGGGUAGGGAAAUACUAUAGUUCCGACUAUAAAGCAACAGGACUAGGUUCUUUCAACUAGCAAGGUUGUCUAAUUUUAGCUUUAGUCUUAGACUAAGAAGAUACACUACUAUCUUUUUUAAAGCGUUCUGUAAGAAAACGUAAAAUUAGAACAGACCUGCAUUGUAGGCAG